AUGAAAAGCAGUGGGAUGCUAGAUGAAAGACCUGUAGAUGAUAAGAACAUUGUUCCAGGACUAUCGACUUCAGAUGAUAAGGAAAGUGUUCCAAAUGCACCCGAACGCUCUGAAUCAAGUCAUCCAAAGUUCACUAUACGUUUGAAGUUGAAUCAUUUAUAUCAUGUGCGAAUUCCAGCGGAAGUGGCAAAGGAAGUUGGCCUAAUUCGAAAGACUACUCUAAUCGAUCCCUCAGGGAAAUCAUGGGCUGUAGACAUCAUUCUCCGCUCCGAUGGGCAAUUAGAGCUCGGCGUUGGGUGGUCAUCUUUCUCAGUAGGAAAUAGCUUGGUGGAGGGUGACAAAUGCGAAUUUGAAAUAUUCGCAGGAGGAGAUUACAUGAGAGUACACAUUUUUCGUGCAGACGGUGGGAACGCUUGA